UAAAUAUAUAAAGGCUGGUCUUAACAAAAUAUUCUGCAUACGUGUCAAGAAUUGUGUUUCAAAGAAUUAAUCAUAAAAAUGUCUUUCAACAAAAUUAGCAUAAUUCUUGUGCUCUUCAUUAUUUCGGAUAUACAAUUUUUAAUUGACUCAAUUGUACCACAAUUUGAGUGUGAUUUAUUCAAAGUUAAAAACGGAGUUGUUAGAUUCAAUCCAAAGAGAAAUUUUGCGUAUGUAAGGUGUAAACCAGAUUAUACUCUCGUUGGUGGGAACAAUGUUACUUGCACUAAUGGAAGUUGGCCAGAAGCAAUUCCAGGAUGUCCACAUCAAGAUUGUUUAACUGAUGAUUUGAAAACAAUUCCUAAAAAUGGUCACUCUUUUGUAUUUGUCAUACAUAAUGUCGUUUUUAUUAAGUAUUCUUGUAAGAAAGGCUAUGUACUGGGAGGACAAAAAGAUAACACUUGUAAAGAGGGAAUAUGGAAAUAUAAAAAUCAUUCUGUUUGUUUAUAAUAACUUAUAUGGAAAGGAGCCUUCAUAGAAAGGACCAACACUGUAAGAAAUAAGUUUUGUUUUAAUCCUGAUUUUGACUAAUUGUGUAAAUUAGCUAAAACUAGAACUAGAACCAAAAUUGCUUCUAAGAAUUACUAAUUAAAAGUUUGUGUAUUUUUGUUGAUGUAACAAAAAAAUUGGUUGAAACGAAA